GCUGGAGGCUAUAAAAACGUUGAAUGGGGGAGAAGAAAAACACACACACACAAGUUUUGUUUCUCGUUCAGGAAGCAGACUGCAUCACACGGCCGGGAACUCGAGCCCAGGAUCCACCCCCAGGCCAGCAGGACGGGCGCCAAGCGGGGCCCGCCCGGCUCCCACUGACGUCGGACUCCGCUCUGCAUCCCAGCUGACGCCCGCCCUCCUGUGGGAACUGCCUCGCCCAUGGCCCUCCUCUGGCUGGCCGUGCUCGUGACACUCAUCUGCCGCUCAAUGACCACGGACCACGCCAUCUCCGAUCCAGACCCAAUUACGAACUUAAGGAUAGAUCCACAAAGAAAAAGAUUGGUCUGGGAGCAGCAUGGGAAUGUUUCCAAAAUUGUGUGCUACGUCAAUUCAAAACCUUUAACAGAGGCAAAGGGAAACCAAUGCACUCUUGGGGACUUGUCGUGCGACGUAAAAAACUACACCGUGAAGGUGAUGAAAGGUCAACCGUUCUCUGCUUGGAUUCAGUAUCCAAAGCAAGGCAACCCCCGGGCGGCUGCGGACAACCUGACCUGCCGGGUGCACGACGUGGAUCAGCUCAGCUGCAGCUGGGCGGUGGGCAAGGAGGCCCCGGCGAACGUGCAGUACUAUUUCUACCUGGAGACGUGGCCGUGUCCCAGGUACAAGCAGAACCAGCAGGGCGUCAACGUCCAGUGCCAUUUUGACAGCAUCUCCCUUAUACCUCAACUUCAAAGCCAAACUCUGUUCCGUUUCCUGGUGAAUGGUACCAGCGGUGGCUCCAAAAUCCCCUGCCGCGAAACGCUUCACAGAUUACAAGAUAUUGAAAUAUUAGCUGCCCCGAACAUCACAAAAACGUGGUGUUACGAAAACUACUCGUUCAUGGAAUGGGAAGUAAGGAGUCUCUUUACUGAAGACCUCAAGUAUGAACUUGAGAUACAGAAGGGCACGGACCUCCCCUACAAAGAGGAGACGGAGCUCAAGACCUUUAUGUUGAAGAACCCAGGACCCUACACGGUGAAGGUCAAGGCCAUGGACUCCGUGUUCUUCAGGAGAAGACCGCAAGGCCAGUGGAGCGCCCCGCAGCACCUCGACUGUGACCGCAAGGACGCGUCCUUCCCGCUCUGGCUGGUGUACCUGCUGGCCCCGCUUGGGGCGCUGCUCCUGGUGGGGCUCCUGUUUCUCUGUCGCAGGUGGCCGGUGAUGCGGAAGCUGUUCCCGCGUGUCCCUCACGUGAAAGACCCCAUCGGCGACAGCUUUCAGAAUGAGAGGAUGGUGGCCUGGGACCCAGAGCCGGAGAGCCAGGAAGACUGUCCCGUGGCCCAGGUGCAGGUGUUGGGGGAAACAUGAAACUCAUGCAACCGGGGGCUUCGUUCUUCUGCUGGGGAGGGCGCACGGCCGGGCCGGGUUGGACGCGGACGUUUGCUGCACGGCUGAGGAUGGGAAAGCCUGCUGCACCUGACGGGGGGGUUGCCUUCCUUGUGCUUAUUUCUCAAAUAAACUACUUUUUAACCUGUCACGGGCCCCUUGGAGUGGGGGGGGGGGGUGUCACCCCGCAAUGUCACAGCCCCGUGGACACCCCCAAAUGUCCAGUUUGGCUGGCCUGGUUUCUCUUUAAAUGGUUCCAUUUCCCAUUGUGUGUGUUAGUCGUUCAUUUCCCCUUUUAAGCCCCUUAAAUCACUUAAUUGAGAGGUGUACACACACACACACACACACACUGCCCCCCACCCCCAGCUACAAGGUUAAAUCUGUGGGACAGGGGGCAGGUAGACGGGAGUGCAGACCUGCCCCAGUCCAUGGGGUCAGAGUCGCAGAGUCGGACAGGACACACACACACACACACACACACACACACACACACGAAAGGAUUUAGCCUACCCCGUCGCAGAGUCGGACAGGACUCACACACACAC